UAUAGUUUGUCUGGCAUCGUUAUAAGCACAUAGCUCCAUGCUUGACUUACGGACUGUCACAACUGAUGUUCAUAGUAGCGGGCAUGGAUCGAGACUGGUUAUAUGUGAUGUGGUGAACAUCGCACACGGGUCCCCCAUAACCAUUUGAGCAAAUGCUACAGAACGGCACCAGAUGUUUAUGCACUUUUAAGCGUUUCCGGGCGAUAGACAAAUAUUUCAAACUCGGAAGUCCAGGCAAGACGCACACUAUCUGGACGUGGUGUGAUUUAGCUGUGGUGGACCGAAUAUAUUCUGUCUGGAAAAGUGUUAGGCUGUGUCAUAUCCAAGUUGCGGAAUAGCAUGCGUGGGUCGCAGAGCGUAUGCUAACGACCGCGCUCGGCUGUGCCUUCAUAAAUUACAGUCGCCCCGCCAAUAGCCGCCAGCUCGCGUCGUUAGCCGAUGCUAGCUAAGGUAGCUUUACAACGUUAGCCGCCGUUGUAAAUCUAGACUUGAAGCAAGUGUAUCGCUGUCGAGGAAGUAAAUAGUAUUGUAAUGUGUGCUCGUGCUGUCGAUCAUCAAGUUCAACAUGAUUAGACUUCUUUUGUCGGUGUUUUACCACUAUUAAGAUUGUUGCACAACCUUCCUGCGAAACGCUUUAAGAGCAUUGUCUGGGAAAGCGCGUGAUUAAACGCUCAAGUUGUGCAGGCCUCGUCAGGCCUUUGCGGCCAGGAAACCGAUGGGUUUGUUAUACAAUGUACAGUUGAAUGUACACACGGACACGGGACUGGAUGGAUGGGUUUCCAUCAGCGAUGUAGAGCAUAUCGUCAACGAGGCCUGAACCUAAACGCUGAAUUGACAAGGGUUUUUAUUACCUAAAUAUGGCUGGGCGAAGUGAAGAUGACAGUGUAAGCAACAGCAGUGGGGAAUCAAGUGGAUCAGGCUCAGCAUCGGGCUCUGGUUCCAGUUCUAGCUCCAGUUCAAGCAGCAGUACCCAUUCAGGCAGCAGUAACUCAGGAAGUGGCUCAGACAGUGGCAGCCAAUCAGAUUCUGACUCGGGAAAAUCCAAGGAGAAGACUGAAGCACCAAACAUUGAUGGAGCAGAUUUUUGGAAGUCCAACCCGAGCAUCCUGGCAGUGCAAAGGUCCGCUAUGCUCAGGAAACAGCAACUUCAUCAGCAGCACCAGCAGCAAAGCUCUUCAAAUAGUGGAUCUGAUCAGGACUCCUCAAGCAGUGAUUCAGACUCGUCGAGUGGAUCCAAGAAAAGACACAAUUCCGGCUCAGAUUCGGGGUCUGGGUCCAACUCUGGUAGCGGAUCUGGAUCCGAUACAUCAGGAGAUGGGGAGAAGAGUGAGGAAACGGCAUCCGACUAUGAGCCAAGUACCAAAGUGAAGAGCAGGCGUCCCCCAGCAAAAGUGAACGCCAGAAAUGGAAAGAAAGCCAGCAACCAGAGGAAAGUCCACAAGGGGUCGUCUUCAGACGACGACGACGAUUACAAGAAGGCCAUGUCGGCCGGCCCCAGGCGGCAGGCCACGGUCAACGUCAGCUACAAGGAGGACGACGAGCAGAAGACGGACUCGGACGACCUGGUGGAGGUGCUGGGAGAGGACGUACCCCAGCCGGAGGAGGACGAGUUUGAGACCUUGGAACGAGUGAUGGAGAGCCGGAUAGGCAGGAAAGGAGCCACGGGUGGAACUACUACGGUUUAUGCCAUCGAAGCGGACGGGGACCCCAAUGCCAACUUUGAUCCCAGCAAAGAGGCGGGCGAGACGCAGUACCUGAUGAAGUGGAAGAACUGGUCGCACAUCCACAACACCUGGGAGACCGAGGACUCCCUGAAGCUGCAGAACGUCAAGGGCAUGAAGAAACUGGACAACUUCAUGAAAAAGGAUCACGAGAAGAAGAGAUGGAUAAAGGCGGCCUCCCCAGAGGAUGUGGAGUAUUUCAACUGUCAGCAGGAACUCAUGGAUGAUCUUCACUCUCAGUACCAGCUGGUAGAAAGAAUUAUCGGGCAUUCAAACCAAAAAUCUGCAGCUGGCUAUCCAGAUUAUUUGUGCAAGUGGCAGGGCCUGUCCUACUCUGAAUGUAGCUGGGAGGACGGAGCCCUCAUCGGCAGGAAGUUUCAGAAGUGUAUAGACGACUACCUGAGAAGAAACCAUUCCAAAAACAUUCCCUUCAGAGAGUGCAAAGUGCUCAAACAGAGGCCGAGGUUUAGCGCUAUGAAGAAGCAGCCAUCCUAUAUAGGAGGGGAUGGACUGGAGCUCAGAGACUAUCAGUUUGACAGCUUGAACUGGAUGGCCCACUCGUGGUGCAAAGGCAACAGUUGCAUCCUCGCUGAUGAGAUGGGCUUGGGGAAGACGAUCCAGACAAUCAGCUUCCUUAGCUACAUGUUCCAUGAACACCAGCUGUACGGGCCCUUCCUACUCGUGGUGCCUCUGUCCACGUUGGUCUCAUGGCAAAGGGAAAUUCAACUCUGGGCUCCAAUGAUGAACGUCGUGGUCUAUCUCGGAGACAUCAGCAGUAGAAACAUGAUCCGAACCCAUGAGUGGAUGCACCCCCAGAACAAGAGACUGAAAUUCAACAUCCUGCUCACGACGUAUGAGAUCCUCCUGAAAGACAAGUCCUUCCUGGGCUGUGUGAACUGGGCCUUCAUCGGUGUGGAUGAGGCUCACCGGCUGAAGAACGACGACUCGCUCCUCUACAAAACCAUGAUGGACUUCAAAUCCAACCACAGGCUGCUGAUUACUGGAACGCCCCUGCAGAACUCUCUGAAGGAGCUCUGGUCCCUGCUGCACUUCAUCAUGCCCGAAAAGUUCCAUUCCUGGGAGAUUUUCGAUGAGGACCACGGCAAGGGGCGCGACGCUGGAUACACCAGUCUUCACAAGGAGCUGGAGCCCUUCCUACUGCGGAGAGUCAAGAAAGACGUGGAGAAAUCCCUGCCUGCAAAAGUAGAGCAAAUCCUCCGGGUUGAGAUGAGCGCCAUCCAGAAGCAGUACUACAAGUGGAUCCUGACCAGGAACUACAAGGCCCUCAGUAAAGGCGUGAAGGGCAGCACCUCAGGAUUCCUCAACAUCGUGAUGGAGCUCAAGAAGUGCUGUAACCACUGCUACCUUAUCAAAUCCCCCGACGACACCGAGUUCUACAGCCGGGCCGAGUCCCUACAGCACUUGAUCAGAAGCAGCGGUAAGCUGGUUCUGCUGGACAAGUUGCUGGUACGUCUCAAGGAGCGUGGCCACCGCGUGCUCAUCUUCUCUCAGAUGGUUCGGAUGCUGGACAUCCUGGCCGAGUACCUGAAGAGCCGACAGUUCCUGUUCCAGAGAUUAGACGGCUCCAUAAAGGGAGAGAUAAGGAAGCAGGCCUUGGACCAUUUCAACGCUGAGGGGUCAGAGGAUUUCUGCUUCCUGCUGUCGACCCGGGCCGGGGGCCUGGGCAUCAACCUGGCCUCGGCCGACACGGUGGUCAUCUUCGACUCGGACUGGAACCCCCAGAACGACCUCCAGGCCCAGGCUAGGGCCCACCGCAUCGGGCAGAAGAGACAGGUGAACAUCUAUCGCCUGGUGACGAGGAGUUCGGUGGAGGAGGAGAUCAUCGAGCGGGCGAAGAAGAAGAUGGUGUUGGACCACCUGGUCAUCCAGAGGAUGGACACCACGGGGAAGACGGUUCUCCACACCGGGGCUGCCCCCUCGAGUGCUACUCCUUACAACAAGGAGGAGCUGUCCGCCAUCUUGAAGUUCGGGGCCGAAGAGCUAUUCAAGGAGCCUGAAGGCGAGGAGCAAGAUCCUCUGGAGAUGGACAUCGAUGAGAUCUUGAAAAGGGCCGAGACCAGGGACAACGACCCCGGCCCCUCCACCGUGGGGGAGGAGCUGCUCUCGCAGUUCAAGGUGGCUAACUUCUCUAUGAUGGAGGAGGAGGAGAUAGACUCUGAGCGCAGCAUGAGGAGCUGGGACGACAUCAUCCCAGAGGAGCAGAGGAGGAGGAUGGAGGAGGAGGAGCGGCAGAAGGAGCUGGAGGAGAUAUAUCUGCUGCCGCGCAUGAGGAAUUGUGUAAAGCCGAACAGCUUCAAUGGUAACGAAAGCCGGAGAAGCAGGAACCGAAGGUACUCUGGCUCUGACAGCGACUCGACGUCCGAUCGUAAGAAGCCAAAGAAACGAGGGCGGCCUCGCACUAUUCCACGGGAAAACAUCAAGGGGUUCAGCGACGCCGAGAUCCGGAGAUUUGUCAAGAGCUAUAAAAAGUUUGGAGGACCGCUGGAAAGGUUGGAUGCGAUCGCUCGCGACGCGGAGCUCGUCGACAAAUCGGAACAGGACCUGAAGCGUCUGGCGGAGACCGUGCACAACGGCUGCGUGCGCACGCUCCGGGAGAACCCCUGCGAACAGGAGAAGAACUCUGGAGGACGGCGAGGCAAGGUAAAAGGACCAACGUUCAGGAUCUCUGGCGUGCAGGUGAACGCCAAGCUGGUGAUUUCGCAUGAAGAGGAGCUGGCUCCGCUCCAUAAGGCCAUUCCGUCGGACCCAGAGGACAGGAAGAAGUACAUGAUUCCGUGCCAUUCGAAGGCCGCACACUUCGACAUCGAGUGGGGCAAGGAGGACGACUCCAGCCUCCUCAUAGGAAUCUACGAGUACGGCUACGGCAGCUGGGAGAUGAUCAAGAUGGACCCAGACCUCAACCUCACGCAUAAGCUUCUUCCAGACGACCCUGACAAGAAACCCCAGGCCAAACAGCUGCAAACGAGAGCAGACUACCUCAUUAAAUUACUAAGCAAAGACCUGGCGAAAAAAGAAGCACAAAGACACGCAGGGACGGCCAAUUCGAGGAAGAAGAAACCGAGGAGCAAGAAGAACAAGGCUCUGAAGGCCAGCAAGGUGCCGGAGGUGGUUAAGAGUCCGUCCUCAGACCCCCCUUCGGACGCCCGAUCGGAGCACGAGGCAGAGGAGGAGAAGGAGGUAGCAGCGGUGAAGCCCCCUCCGAGGCGAGCCCGGACGGAGCGGGUGACGGUGAAGGAGGAGCCCGAGCUGGACUCCCCCUCCUCCCCCUCGGAGGACAGGGAGGUCGGCGAGCUGGAGGUCAGGAAGGAGGUCAAGAAGGAGAAGAAGGAGGAGAGCCGGGACGUCAAGGAGAAAAAGGAGCCAAAGGAGAAGAAGGAGGUGAAGCCGCUGGAGGCGGUCUGCAAGCAGGAGGAGGACCUGGAGAAGCAGAACGACGUGAAGAUGGAGAUACGAGAAAAGGCCAAGAAGCUGGCGGACACGCCGGUCCACAUCACAGCCGGAGGGGAGCCCGUGCCCAUCUCUGAGGAGUCGGAGGAGCUGGACCAGAAGACCUUCAGCGUGUGUAAGGAGAGGAUGCGGCCGGUGAAGGCGGCUCUGAAGCAGCUGGACCGGCCGGAGAAGGGCCUGUCAGAGCGGGAGCAGCUGGAGCACACCAGACAGUGCCUCAUCAAGAUCGGAGACCACAUCACCGAGUGUCUCAAGGAGUAUUCCAAUCCCGAGCUGGUCAAACAGUGGAGGAAAAACUUGUGGAUUUUUGUCUCAAAAUUCACCGAAUUUGAUGCAAGGAAAUUGCACAAACUUUACAAACAUGCAAUCAAGAAAAGGCAAGAAAAUGCCCAGGCUGCGGACCAGAACACGAGCGGCGUCACCCCCUAUGGCUUCAAACAUUCAGACGUGGAGCGGCUAAAGGACGGCGGGCAGCAGGACGACAGCAGCCGGGACAGCUACAGCUCGGAGCGCCAUCAGCCCGCCGGCCGCUACGAGCGCAGCAGCAGCCGGGAGCGCCACGCCACCGACGCCCACCGCAAGAGCUCCGCCGGCGCCGGGGAGUCCCGCAAGAGGCCCUACUCCUCCUUCAGCAACGGCAAGGACCACCGCGACCGGGACCCCUACCGGCCCGACAGCCGGGACCGGGAACGAGACCGGGACCGCGACAGGGACCGGGAUCGAGACAGAGACAGGGACAGAGACCGGGACAGAGACCGGCAGGACAGAUACUACAGCGACACUAAGCACAGGAAGACGGAGGAUCAGCGCUCGAGCCGGGAGCACCCCCACUCGGACCAUCGGCAGGGCUCGGACCACCACAAGUCGUCGUCGUCGUCCUGGGACUCGUACCGGUACCACUCGGACUGGCAGACGGACCGGCAGGCGGACCGGCAGGCGGACCACCGGGCGUCGGCCAGUGGCCCUCGUUCGCCCCGCGACCAGCGCUCGCCCUAUGACUCUCGCUCGCCGCUGGGACACCGCUCGCCCUUCGAGUACUCCUCGGACCACAAAAGCACGCCGGAGCAUAAUUGGAACAGCCGGAAGACAUAGUGGAAGCUUCCUCCCCCCCCCCACACCGGACCCCCCCCCAAGCCGGGUUUACAGCUCCCCUCACACUGGGCUGGUCUAGCAGUAGCCGCAGCAGCCGUAGCCUCCAUUGACUCACAAACCCAUCCAAUGCCUUAUGGGACCGGUGGAAGACAACGUACUGAGCACUGUGUGUGUCCGUCAGCUCAGUGUGCGUGUGUGUUUGCGUGCGUGCGUGUGUGCGUGCGUGGCGCUCUCCACUCACUCGACGCUGUGCUACCUUUAUUACAGAGACUUGCGGGGCGGGGGAGUGGACAAGGCAGCAGAUAUAGAUGCAUAUUUUUGUAUUUAAAAGACUUCGAAGCUGAGCUGUAAUGGAGGUGUUGCAGCAGGCGGCCAAGGUUGUUAUUUUUUUGGUUAUUUUUAUAAAGUUGGACAUUUUCUUUUUCUUUUUUACCCUGAAAAUGGACGCGAUGACCUUGGGUGCUGCCUCACAUUCUCUGGCCCUUGACACUGGAUUCUGCAUUUGACUGUUAUGUUUCUUUUACCCCCCCCUUUCGUGUUUUUUUUUUUUUAAGUUCCAUUUUAAUCAAACAACAAAUGACUAUACAAAGUAAAUGAUUAUGUUUAUCAGAGUGAUUUACAGAUCAUGUGUGGAGUUGACUAAAAUGAUUUUUGGUCUGAAGUUGCUUGGGCUCAAGCUGUCCUGUACCUCAUUUACUGUAGUUUUCAUUCAUUUUUAGUUCUCUAUUUUCCUAUCUUACGUGAAGUAUUUAAUUACUAGUACGGAAUUUUUGAUCAUGUGACUACCAUGAAUAAUCCACUUGUAAAUUAUUGUUUAUAAUGAAUCAAAUGGUCUUUUUCCUCUCAGGCUUUUGGAUUUGUUAUUGUAAUUCAACCUUUAUCCAUCGACUCAGGCUUUGUUGUCAGUAUAUCAGUGAGUUUUUGUAGUUACUGUAAUGAUAUUCAGAAUGUACCUUUCUGGGAAUGGGAAAUGAUUCCGUUGGUAUAGUUCUUUAGCUUUAGUCCUUUUGAUUUACCAGUGUCCAGUUCUUGUUAUGUUGUGUGUCUACAUCAAUAAAAUGGAAAGAACUGACUUUUUACUAAAUCAGUCUGAAGAAACUUGUCUUUUAAGAAGAAGACAUGUUAAAUCUUUUUUUUCUUUUACAAUUUUUUUAUUUUCUAUACCAGUAGUCAUCAAUCUUCUAUGCAGCCAAGUGUAUUUCUGGUUAACAGCCCAAUUAAGUAAAGUUGCUGUUACAGUUCACACUGUUGUAAAUAAAUUUGCUCUAUAUUUCAAAUGAAUUUACACUGAAAAUGCAUGAAUUUUUAAGAUAAUUCACUUAUAUAGUUGUUUAUAAAGCCAUUAAACUCAAACACUGUACUCGCUUGUAA